AUGCUGAACAAAGUAUGGAAGAAACAAUUGAAUGAUAAUUUAACGAUAUCAUUGGAGUUUAAAGAGUGUAGUGAAAAUGAAAAACUUCAGAGGUGUAAACUAUGUUUUUAUAAUACCUCAAAAUCAGAUAUAGUGGUGAAUCCAAAAGAUUCAAAUGGUACAACCAAAAGUUGGUUUCCCUUUUUUAGUACACAAGAAGAAGAUGAAGCCAAAGAAGAGAUGAUUAGUCAACCAGAAGAUAAAACUGUAAAGUUAUUUUUAGGGUAUAUUCAACUAUUUGGGUAUAUAGUAUUGAACUAUAAAUUUUCAAUUGAUAUAUCCGCUUUAGAUAUUCAAAAACAUUAUCAAUGGUGGAACAAUACCGAGUAUUUAAGUCAAUAUAACUUAAAAGAUGAAGAAGAAGAUUUAAUAGAGCAAGAAGCUUUUUCGGCUAUUGAUAAUAUCCCAUUUAUUGAAAGCCACCUACAGAAUAAAUUAGUAAUUGGAGGGAAUUUAGGUGGUGUGAAAGAUUUGAUAACCACUGAAAAAGAUAUUGAUCCUUCGUUAGUUCAUGAUUUAAUUAAUGUAUUUGAUUCAUUCCCUAAAACAACAAACACUUUACAAAUAAAAGAUUUUACUGAUACAAUAUUACCAUUUUAUACAACUCAACAAUCACUAUUAUUUACUGAUUUAAACAUACCCAAAAACAGCUCCAAAAGUUUCAACUUCCAAAUACCCAUUAGUGAAAAUUUACCACCAAGUUAUAAUUCAAGAUCUACUGGACCAGCUUGUGAUCAAGGUUGGGUUAGCAUUAGAUACUCAUUGGUUGUAAGUUUACACGAGGAUAAUAUCAACAAUUCCAAAUCAGUUUAUUUUCCAUUACAUGUGAAACCACAAAAACACUCCAUAAAUCAAAAUUUACAACCAAAUUAUUUUGAAAAACCUUUGGGUUUAGACAAAAAUUGGUCAAUUAAAGAAACCAAUGAAAUUUUAGAGCCACCAACAUCGAACGGUUCUGCUUGCUCAGGUAAACAAGAUUUUUUAAAUGAUUUAUCUCAGUUAAUAGAUUCUGAUGUUUAUAGUAUGCCUAAAAUAUCAACCAAUGAGAGAAGAAAACUGAGUAUCAAUACAAACUUUGUGGAGACUGAAAAUGGUUCAUAUAUUCAACAAUUACCACACCACUUGAAAACACUGUAUCAAUUAAAAGUUAAUAAUGAAGAUAUAUGCAAGAUUUCAUUGUCCAAACCUUAUUUUCAUAUAGGGGAAGAUAUACACUACACUUUAAAAUUAUCAUCAGGGGAAACUAAAAUAAUUGGUUUAAUUUCAUAUAUAGAAGCAAAUGAAAUUUAUCACACAACUGAGAAAGAUAUUAUUAAUAAUUACAAUAUAACAGGAAACAACAAAUUAAAUACAUUAUCAUUAUCAACAUCAUCAUCAAAUUUAAUAAAUGAUUUUAUAAAUAUACCUAAAUUUAUAACAUCACAAUUUCAAGCUAAAUCAUUCAUGGAUUUAAAAUAUUAUUUAAAUUUUCAAUUUAAUUUUGCAAAAGAUACGCUAGAAGUAGAAGAUGAAGAUAGUUUACAUAAUAAAUAUUAUAAAUCUGACGUUACUGGAUCCACUUAUCAUUUUAAAAUUCCUAUAUAUAUUGUAUAG